UGCUCCCUCUUGCGCGCACGGCGAGCAGCAGCAGCAGCAGCAUCGGCUUCAGCGCUUCUCUGACGCACCGUCGGAGAUGAGCAUCACAGUCCCACAGGCUGUCAAGGCAGACUCUCCCGACAUCUCUCCCCCGGACCUCUGCGGUUCCAGCAUCAGCUAUAUUUGUUUUUAGUCUGUGUCCCCAUUCGUUCUCUCGAAAUCUGUGCCGGACUGAGCGCUGCGUUUUGGCAGGGAUGCCCACAGUUGGCAUCUCUUGGCUGGGAAUUUACUUCGAAGGUGAUUUUAUAUCCGCAAGAACUGUCAUCAAGAGUGAUUGACUUCACACCUACGGGCUUGUGCUCCUUGCUUGUUUUUCUUCCGAACCUUACUGUGCUAAAGAUAAAUGGUUCAACUGAAAGGUGAAGAGCGGGUGUUGAAUUAGAGGGCUGUUUUGACAGGAGAUCGUUUGGAUGACGGACACCGAGAGGCGAUAGCUCUCCCUCUGCAACGCGAAUCCCUGCGCCCUUGGAAUAUUCUCACAGAGGCACCGUUAUUGAGCAGAAAUAUUGUUUCAGUUUGCGAUCCGUCUACGACCAGUUUGCCCACUGCAGGGGCUGCUUCUGCUGCGGCUCUCGCGUCUGUUCUGUUUUGAGAUACGAUUUCCUUGACAGGGCGGGCGUCUGAGCAUCCCGGACGAGCCCAGAUCGGCGAUGCCCGAGCAGUGAGGGCACGGUGGGGAUUUCAUUUGGUCACCCUGCGCGGUAGCAUGGCUCCAGCCCGGAGGGACUGCAGCGGCUGGGAGAUGUUCCUCCCGACGGGAUGCAUGCUCCUCUCUGUUUUGCUAUUUCACCCUGCUCUGGCCAAGGUGUGCAACGACCGCACCAAGCACGGACAGGACAACAGCUGGUUCGCCAGGGACGGGGAAAACUUGCCCAUCAUGGUUCUUAUGCCCAUGAACGAGUCGGCCCUGAUGAGCAGCAUCAGCCAAGGCAUCGAGCCGGCGGUCCAGCUGGCCAUCCAGCACAUACGGGAGUCCAGGAAGUACUCGUUCUCACUCAUCACCAAAAUCUACGACACCGAGUGUGACAACGCCAAGGGGCUGAGGGCCUUUUUUGAUGCCAUAUGCUACGGUCCCAAACACCUGAUGAUCUUCGGUGGUGUUUGCCCAUCUGUGACCUCCAUCAUUGCAGAAUCCUUGGAGGGAUGGAAUCUGGUGCAGCUGUCCUUUGCAGCAACAACCCCGGUACUGGCAGACAAGAAAAAGUACCCGAAUUUCUUCCGCACCGUCCCGUCGGACAACGCUGUGAAUCCAGCAGUGGUGAAGUUUCUCAACUACUACAACUGGACUCGUGUGGGGACCCUCACACAGGACGUUCAGAGGUUCUCAGAGGUGAGGAAUGAUCUGACUAAUGAGCUGGAGAAAGCAGACAUCCAGAUCGCAGAUACAGAAAGUUUCUCCAACGAUCCCUGCGUCAAUGUCAAAAAGCUCAAGGACAACGACGUGAGAAUCAUCAUUGGCCAGUUUGACGAGAACCUGGCCUCCAAAGUCUUCUGCUGUGCGUAUAACCUGAACAUGUUUGGCAGUAAAUACCAGUGGAUUAUCCCCGGCUGGUACCAGGGCAACUGGUGGGAACAAGCCAACACCACCAACUGCACCACCAAGAAGCUGCUCACGGCAAUGGAAGGAUACAUCAGUGUGGAUUUUGAGCCGCUCAGCGCUCGGCAAAUCAAGGGCAUCUCUGGCAGGACCCCUAAGGAGUACGAGAGGGAGUACAGUCGAGAGCUUCAGCAGAAAGGUGUGGAGGCAAGCAAGUUUCAUGGCUUUGCCUAUGAUGGGAUCUGGGUCAUCGCUAAAACCUUCUUUCGAGUGAUGGAACUGCUUCGGAUAAAACAACGGCAGAAUGUCUACCACAACUUCACCGUGGAUGACCGCGAAGUAGGAAAAAUGGUGCUAGAUGUCAUGAAUGAGACCAACUUCUAUGGUGUUACGGGCCAAGUCAUGUUUCGUAAUGGAGAGAGGAUGGGCACAAUAAAAUUCAACCAGUUUCAAGAGGGCCAGGAGGUGAAAGUGGGUGAAUACAAUGCAAUUGCCGAUGUACUGGACCUCAUCAACAACUCCAUCAGGUUCCAAGGUGUGGAGCCUCCAAAAGAUCGUACGAUUGUGCAUCAGCAGCGGCGCCAAAUAAAUGUGCCCCUCUACAGCAUCUUGUCCACCAUCACCAUACUGGGCAUGCUCAUGGCUGGAGCCUUCCUUUUCUUCAACAUCAAGAACCGAAACCACAGACUGAUCAAGAUGUCGAGCCCCUACAUGAACAACUUGAUCAUCCUGGGAGGGAUGCUCUCCUAUGCCUCUAUUUUUCUCUUUGGUUUGGAUGGAGGAUUUGUUUCUGAUAAAGUGUUUGAGACCCUCUGCACUGUUCGGACGUGGAUCCUUAUUGUUGGCUAUACAACGGCGUUCGGCGCCAUGUUUGCCAAGACCUGGAGGGUGCACGCCAUCUUCAAAAAUGUGAAGAUGAAGAAGAAGAUCAUAAAGGACCAGAAGCUGUUGAUUAUCGUUGGUGGGAUGCUGCUAAUCGACUUAUGCAUCCUCAUCUGCUGGCAGAUUGUGGACCCGCUUAAGAGGACUGUGGAAGAAUACAGCUUGGAGGCAGAUCCCCAAGGCCGAGACAUCGCCAUCCUUCCCUUCUUGGAGCACUGUGAGAACACCCACAUGACCAUUUGGCUGGGCAUCGUCUAUGCCUACAAGGGACUGCUAAUGCUGUUUGGCUGUUUCCUGGCCUGGGAGACCAGGAACGUGAGCAUCCCUGCUCUCAAUGACAGCAAAUACAUCGGAAUGAGCGUGUACAACGUUGGCAUCAUGUGCAUCAUCGGUGCUGCAGUGUCUUUCCUGACCAGGGACCAGCCCAAUGUCCAGUUCUGCAUCGUAGCCCUGGUGAUCAUCUUCUGUAGCACCAUCACACUCUGUCUGGUCUUCGUUCCCAAGUUUAUCACCAUGAGAACGAACCCAGAUGCAGCCACCCAGAACCGAAGGUUAAAGUUUACCCAGAACCAGAAGAAGGAAGACUCCAAGACCUCCACCUCAGUCACCAGCGUCAACCAGGCCAACACUUCUCGACUGGACGGCCUUCAAACUGAUAACCACCGCCUCCGCAUGAGGAUAACAGAGUUGGACAAGGAGCUGGAGGAAGUGACCAUGCAGCUGCAGGACACUCCAGAGAAAACUCCGUAUAUUAAACAGAACCAUUAUCCGGACGCCAAUAACAUCCUCAGCAUACGCAACUUUACAGAUGGCAAAGAUGGAGAGAAGUCGAUACUGAAGAACCACCUGGAGCAGAAACCACAGGCACAGUGGGGAUCCAUGGAUCCUUCCAGAAUAAACAGAGGUCCCCUGGAGGAUAUCAACUCGCCCGAACACAUACAGCGUCGGCUGUCUUUGCAGCUUCCCAUCCUGCACCACGCCUACUUACCUUCCAUAGGAGGCGUUGAUGCCAGCUGCACCAGCCCCAAUGGCAGCCCUGGUUCCAGCCCCAGGCACAGACACAUGCCCCCCUCCUACCGGGUAAUGGUCUCUGGCCUGUGAGCUUCAUUCACUCCCCCACCUGGCUCUUUGCAGAGGAGACAUAUAUGGUUCUUUUUUUCUACAGCAAAUAGACUGAUAUCAUCAGCGUAUGUGCGUAUUUUGUCUCAGAUCGAGGAGGACGGGGAGAGAAGAGAGGGAGGGGGGGUAGUGGGGGAGACAAAGUUUCACUCUUCAUACCUCUUCACCCUGGUCUCUCUUGAGAACUGAUAUCCUCCGUCAGGAAGGGGUGGGAGGAGACUGAGUGGGUACUGGAUGACCCUUACAAACUCCCGUUAUUAACGUCCCCUUGUCCAAAUGCCCCCCACCUUGCCUAGGCAUUAACACAUAUGCACAGUCAAACACAGAAAUCUACAAAUACACACACAUGCACAAACACAGUGACACCCCAAUAGCAGAGCAGCAGUGGACCAGCCCUAACUUGACGUGUAGCCUUAUCUGCUUCAGAGGGGGUUGUCUGUUUCUGUUCCUUAUCUGUUGUAUGUAUGUGCUCGCGGCUACAUGUGAGCUUGUCAUCUAACUUGAGUAUUUCACUGCUUCAGUGACUGGAUACCGGUUUGGAGACGUGGAGUUUGCAAAAUCCAACAAAGGAAAUCAUCCAACUUACUGCCCGUCCCCUUUCCAACCUUGUGCAGACAUGUAAAUAUCAUCAUUUCUGACGUUGAUGUACUGUAAGCUUUGUAUAUGCUGUGAAUGGACAAUUCAGUGGGUUCUAAGCGUGGAGCUUUUAACAGAGGCAGGUAGGCAUGAGAAAGUACAACAAAAGCUUAUGAAAUAUGGCAUCCUACAAGUUAGACAUGUACGAAAGGGAUAUAAAUUUGUUUGUGUACCUGUGGAUAAACUAGCUUAUGGGCAGCAAAGUAUCAAAGUCUGUGAGUCACAGAACAUGAAAAUGCACCAGGGCCAAUUUGUCUAACUUGGAGUAAGAUGCACAUGACUCUCUUUUCCACUUUGCAAAAUUUGUACCACUGGUUUUCGUCAGAGAUUUCACAUCAGACUUUGCAUAGGCCUUCAUAUUUUACAACUUGCAUAAUAUGUCCGCAGAAAGCAUGUUCUACAGAAUAUUGAUGCUAUGCCUUUUAACAGGUCUCCAAGGCUGCAUAACUUAGAAAAUAGAGCUAAAAGACGCCACAAAAGUGUUCCACAGUUGUCUUUUGUGUGUGUUAUAUUGCCAAGAAAUGCACACAUACAGAUGUACGCUUACAACUCAAGAGAGCACCUUAUGAAUUCAGGUGCUUUUCUGACACGACAUUAGCGAUGGGCCUGGUUGUAGUGAUCCCCAGAGAUUGGUCUGCACAGACUGUUAUGAUGUCCGUCUGAUUGCGCCCUCACAGGUAACCAGCACAGUUAAGGGCAGUGGGGGUGUCGAUGGCUAAAAGGGCACAAUGACACAAGAAGUGAUGGUGGAAAGGAUGUAGGUCUGCCAAUUCCACAGUUAGUUUGGAUGCAGUGGUUGACCUGAAUUUCCAUGUGAAGUGGUAAAGACAAUAAAUACAUGAGAGUCUCGUGUAAUAAGCCCCGACCGACUGUAGCUUUCAGUUCCCAAAUGGUGGUGCCACCACUGCUGGUCACAGUGAUACAGCACAGACACAGGGCUUUCUUUCACAGAUAAUAUUGAGUGUCAUGAAAAAUCACUUCACACAUAGCAACAGUGAACAUACCUCAGUUGCUAUGGAAAUGUAAUCCAGUGCCGUUGAACUUGGCCCAAGAAGGCUGCAUAGAGCACAACGGUCAUCGGCAGUGUCGUCGUUUUUUUUGUAAAACUUUCCUCAUGCAGGAGAAAAGCAAACAGGGACUCCGGGACAAAAAAAAAAAGGACUUUUUUAUCGAGUGUGAGAAGGUGUGUUCUCAGCAUAUUGUUUCACCAUUGGUGUCUUGGUUUUUAGUUUUUAAGGCGUUUGUUGAGCGCUGUGCCUGUUGUCUUAUAUUGUAGCCUGCAGGACCCACAGAACAUACAUAGGGUGAUAACUGCGCUGACCCAGCAAACCACAACAUUGGCCACACAUCUGUAAAUUGUACAACGUGUCAUAGAUUAUUUUAAAUUCCAUGCCUCAGUGAAUGGGACAGUUCGGGAGUACGUGACAAGAGCUCCGCUUCAGGCGGAGUGGAUUUUUCCUGCAAGCUGGUGUCUGAUCAAAAAACACUGUCAGUCUUCAGCUGAAAGGCCAGCAGAGGAUACAGAGUUGGAAUGGGAGGCAAGCUAGCAGAAACCCACCUGCGAUCGGACAUAUCAGGGUGACUCCCUUGUGAGAGCUCCUCCCCUUCCAGACCCUGCUGAGCACAGGAGCAGGGAAUCCCCGAGCACAGACCUCCAAGGAGUCACAGCUUCUCCUGCACCUUUGCCAACCAGAGAAUCACGGUCACUUGACAAGUGAGUGACAGACAUUAUCAGAAGGUUGGUUCUUCCUUCAGGAGAAAAAAAAACCAACCGCACAUUUUAUAUAUUACAUUAUAUGUGAUUGUGUACAAUUUGCUGAUACCCUGAUGAUGGUGUCCAUGUAUGGAAUAUUUGGUAUUUGGCUUUCUCAAGACGGCAUGAAAUAAAAUGUAUAAUUCACAGAGUUACCUCUGUUUUUGCAACUGUCGUGACAAAUCCACUCUGUAGUUUCAUCCUCUCACCUGCGAUUUGGUUUUACAUGUAUAUCCAUUCAAACCAUGGAUUUUGGUUCCUUUAAUCUCUUGAUCAGUUCACACGUGUCAAUGCCAAGAUUCUCAGUGAACAAACUCGACAUCAUCAUAUCGACUAUGCUACCAGGUUUAGCAGCUAUUCACUGAGGGCAAUAAAGUGAAAGGUAGUAGCAAACGAUCAAUCUUAAUAAACCACUCCUGGCAUUUACCAAAUUACCAAAUUACUUUUUCUAGUCCAUCCAGAAUACCAAAUGCAGAUCAUCAGGUAUUGUUCUAGUUUAUUUUUUUUAAAUGUGCCCUGAUUUUCAUUCUUUUAUGAUUCAUUUCAGUCUUUUUUCAACCUGAAUGAAAAAAUUUGUUCCGAUGCAAUUGUGGUAGGUCAAGGGCUCAUUAUUUCCUGUUUAUAACUGACGUCAUGCUGAUGGUUUGUAUUUGCCACAGAUCUUUUUACCUUUUCAGUUUGAAGAUCAAAGUGACAUAUACGUAUAUAAUUAUAUCUUUGUAUGUGUCAUCAUCAGGGUUUCUGGAGAACACGAAACAUACAUGUCCAAAAAUAUAACAAUAUGACAACUAUAUUAAGUGGAAAAACACACAGGUCCAUACUGUUACUGUUUUGUCAAUUUGAUGUGUGGUAUCACAUGGCAUUAAGUUCAAUGAAGACUUUAAAACAGUAAACAAAACCUAUGUUAAAUGCAACAUGUUCAAGAGGGGCAAUAACUUGUUUUCUUAUUACAGAAAGAAUAGAGAACUAUAUAUAUAUAUAUAAAUAUAUGUAUAUGUAAAGAUCUUUACGUACAUUUUCAUUUUUACAUAGGAAAUAUUUCACAAAUAUGCCACAAGGAUACUUGGAAGUCAUUUUUUUAAUUUACAGUAUCUGUAACUAUGUUAUAUACAGGUGAGGUCUAGAUAUGAAAAAGUUGUAUAAAAUAAGUAUCACAUUUGGAACACCUGAACAUUUUUUGGAGCCAUUAGUUGUUAUGGGGAGGGAAGGGAUUUGAAAAACAUUCUUCUUUUGUUGUCUGAAUGUUAUGGACAGCCUUUACUUUUCACAUCAUCGUUAAAUAAAGUGAGACUGAAAAUAA